UUCUGUGCUAAAGAUGUCCCAUCUCUCCCCACAAUGUUAUAUUAGGGAUAUUAUGUUUGCCUUUUCCAUUUAGCAGUUACGGUUAACGCGUUCGUGUCCUAGAUCUAUAGCAUGGUUAACAAGAUUUUGCUUAUCGUUGUCACACGUUUUUUUUUUCGAAACCGCCCCACCAAAGAAGGUUCUCACGGCUACGUCUGCAACCAUGCGUAGCCGUGAGGGUUUACGUUUUCUAGAGCAAAGGUUUCCCUUUCUUGCAAACUAUGUUUUUUAUCUUAACUAGAAAGUAACUGCACACAAUGAACACGCCCACUUUUUAAAAUUAACCCAAAAAGUGCAAUGGAGCAUGUUACUUUCAUACAAGUUUCUAAAAGUAAAAAAAUAACUUUGAGGCAAAAGCGCGCCAUACAUAAAGAAAUUUACUCAUGCGUUGGACCCACUCUUCGUUAAUCAUUGACCCGUAUUUGCGCACUUAUAACCACUAAAUCGGAAGCUCUUUUGCUGUAAAGUCUGCAAUCGUAUUGCAAGAAUUUGAGCGACUAAGAAGGUAAACGCUUAAAGUUUAAAAUGGAAUAGGGAUCCAGUUUUUGGGAAAGGAGGAAAUUUUUAGUAAUUUAAGUUAUAUAGAAGUAAGUAAAUAAGUACAUAAAGGGAAUAGUUUGAAGUAGACAGAAGACCUGACUGUGACGUCACCACCAAACUUUCCCGUUAUGACGUCACAAAAUUCCAUGACGUCUCACUUCAUCAACUACAUGACGUCAUCAUUCGAAGCUAUUACGUCAGAAGCUACAUUGGCGCCGAAGAUAAAAAAUACUUUCCAUGCAGUCGAUUAUGUGAUGUUCGUUAUAAUGCUGUUGACUUCGGCCGCCAUUGGUGUUUUUUUCGCGCUCAAGGAUCGGAGAAAAUCUGAGCUCACCCCGGAAGAUUACUUAAUGGCAGGCCGCCAAAUGUCAUACGGUCCUGUUGCAAUGAGUUUGAUUGCCAGUUUCAUGUCGUCGGUCACGAUAUUAGGCGCCCCCGUUGAAUACUAUGUGUACGGUACAAUGUUCACCUGGUAUGCUCUUGUGUAUGCCAUCGUACCCUUUAUCAUAGGGUGGGUCUUCAUGCCCGUUUUCUACGACUUGGGCAUCAGUAGUACAUACGAGUAUUUGGAGAUGCGGUUCAAUAGACCAGUUCGCCUUUUCGUCACCUCAAUGUACAUGUUCCUGUCAUUAAUCUACGGAGGAAUUGUUAUUUACGGUCCUGCUCUUGCAUUGAGUGAAACAACAGGCUUUGAUUUGUGGGUGGCGAUAUUGACAACAGGCGUCGUGUGUAUAUUCUACACGGUCUUGGGUGGUUUAAAAGCAGUGAUAUGGACCGAUGUGUUCCAAGCUAUUAUUAUGAUCAUUGGGUUCCUGGCGGUUAUUAUACAGGGCAGUAUCAACCUUGGUGGCUUCGGUGUUAUCUGGGAAUCAGCAUACAAUGGUGGUCGUAUCGACUUUGUUAAUUUUGAGUUCGAUCCGAGAAUCCGACAUACGUUUUGGUCGAUCAUGUUCGGAGGUUCUAUAUUUUGGCUUGGAAUAAACGGGGUAAACCAAGCUCAGGUUCAAAGAUACGUUUGCUGUAGGACCAAGAGAGAAGCAAAAAAGGCAAUCUUAUGGAACGCGUUUGGUCUUGUUAUUAUCCUUGUUCUAGCUGGUAUGACUGGCUUGACCAUCUACGCAACCUAUAAGGAUUGUGAUCCAAUCGACAGCAAACAGAUCGGAAAAUCUGACCAGUUAUUUCCAUUUAUCGUCAUGGAUAUUCUGGGGAAGUACCCGGGAAUUCCCGGACUCUUCGUGGCCGGCGUGUACAGCAGUUCGUUAAGUACAAUAUCAUCGGGCAUGAACGCCAUGGCCUGCGUUGCAUUGGAAGAUUUUAUUCGACCUUACACUAAUUGGCGACCGAGAACCUACACCAUACUAUCCAAGGUUCUUGUGCUUGUAUCUGGAGUGUUGUACAUACUGCUGGCUUACAUGGCUUCUGUUAUAGGGGGCUUGAUAAGGAUGGCAUACAGCAUACACGGAAUCGUUAGUGGGCCAAUAGUUGGUGUAUUUACAAUGGGGAUGUUGAUGCCGUUUACCAACAAAUGGGGCGCACUAUCUGGAAUAAUUGCUGGUUUUGCAUCAACUGUGUGGAUUUUCAUCGGUUCAGUUAUUUAUCCGAUCCCUUCCGAAUUCUUCCGAAUAUUGCCGAGAACUACCGAAGGUUGUCCCGCAGUGGGUAGCACUUUGAACCAGACAUACUUUACUUCGACUGCAAGUUUAGAAGCAACGACGUCGGACAUUCUUUUACAGACGACAUACGAUGACAGACCGCCAAUAGCUGACCUAUACGCGAUGUCAUACAUCUAUAUUCCACUGUUUGGCUUCGUCAACGUAAUCUUAGUUGGCUCCAUCGUCAGUGCAUUAACUGGUUGUACUAAGGGUUCUCCCCCAAAGCGAGAACUGUUAUGCCACCUUUUCUUCAAAGAUGACGACGGUAAAAACUUGGAGCGUUCAUCUAGUUGGUAUUCGCCUUCAGACGUCGCUCACGCCCAAGUUAUCUCUCCUCCUCAACCAGGAGAGUUUACAGGCUACGUUCCAGUGAACACGGUUCCUGAUAUUGUAAUUACCAGCGACGAAAGUCUGGUUGCGGAAAAAGAGUCCAGCUUCUAAUCUUCGCCAUGCUCGUUUGAAAGUCAUAUUUCAACACGUUCGAUUAACAGAUAUUGAUCAAACGUCGAAAGACAGAUGUACAAGAAAUAAUAUUUUUAACUCGCUGUAAAGUAAACUAUCAACAAACGUUUUUAUUUUUACCUAGACAAGUGGUUUAUUGUUUACAAUCCGGCAGCAAAAUAAACAAUAUGUUUAUAUAGCCUAUAUAUUGCUAAAUACGUUUUAAAAAUCAAUCAAAACAGUGCUAUUAACUAUAAAAAGGUAACCAUUUUUAUACAACAUCCUUGAAUGAUUUAUGGAUAGUUACUUAUACACUUACCCAGUGUUAAAAUAUCUGUGCAUAGGUUUAAGUUUACUUAUAAGGUAUUUAAAUGAAUUUAACUUACUUUA